AUGCACCCCAUAUUCAGCGUCACGCUCUUCACGGGGCAGCAGCUGGUGCUGGAGGCGCUGCAGCGCUGGCUCACCCGCCCCUGCGUGGACGCCGACGCGCAGCGCCAGCGCCGCCUGGGCCUGAAGAGCAUGCUGUCGCUGCUGGUCAAGACCACCGCCACAGGCGUGCUGGCCACCAUGCUGGACGCCGCCAUCGAGUUCCGCCGCCGCCAGCUGCUGGCGGCCGCGGCGGCAGAGCCCGAGGACGGCGCGGCCGCCGGCGGCUCGCGCUUCCCGGGUCUGGGCAUGCUGUCGCGCGCCGGCAUCGCCUCCUGGAAGAACCGCCUGCUGCUGUGCAUAGACGAGCUGGAGCGCAGGGCAGAGGCCUAUGGCAUAGAGUCGCGGCACCGCUUCAGCCCCAGCAAGGCUGCGGAGGGCGAGGCGGAGGCCGACGGCAGCGGCGGCAAGGGUGCGGCGCUGGCGCUGCCCCGCCAGCACGCCAGCUGCCUGGACCUCGACGGCGCGGAGCGCUCGCAGCACCUGGGCCGCACCGUGGAGCAGCUGCGGGAGCUGGUGAAGCAAGGAGACGCGGAGUCCCAGCGCCGGCUGGAUGACGAGGUGGGGUCGCUGGUGGACCUGCUGCUGGGCACCGCCUCGCUGGCGCCAGCCGCGCCGCCGGCCGCCACCACGCCGGCCGCGCCCUCGGCGCAGCCCGCCUGCCGCAGCCGCAGCGUGCCCGCCGCGCUCGACCGCCUGGGCUGCCGCCGCGAGGCGGGCGCCGGCUGCGGCUGCAUGCGCGCGUGCCGCAGCCGGCCCGCACUGGCGGCGGCGGCCGAGGAGCGAGCGGGCGUCGAGGCGGAGGCGGGCAGCCCGUGCGGCGCCGACCUGUGCCAGAUCUGCAUGGACCGCUGCACCGACGUGCGGGUGGCUGGCUGCCAGCACAACCUGUGCUUUGGCUGCGCGCGGCGCCUGUGUGCCAGCCAGGACCACCAGGUGCCGCAGUGCCCCUUCUGCCGCCAGCCCAUCGAGGGCUUUGUGGCCAUCGCCGCAGCCUGCCCCGUCACCUGCAGCGCAGCAAGCAGCGCGAGCUGCCUGGCUGCCGCCGGCGCGCAGGUGGUGCUGGCCUGAGCUGGCAGGAUCAGUAGAGGUAGCGAGCAUCCGUGCAGCGGCCUGCCUAGCGCCGUCGAUGUGUGCAUGCUGUACUCUCCUCUCCCCUUGCCUGAUAGUUUUCGUUUAGAGUGCGGCAUGCCUCCCGUAUGUUGCCUGCCAUCGCUCACUGCAGACACCCCUCGCAGUUGCCCUAAUUUUGCCUCAGUACGAACCUUUGCUUACUAAGCAUGCUGGUACAGUACAAUGCAUGCAUGGCCAAAUCUGUGUACUUGCGUGCGCGCCUGAAAUCCCCCCGUGGCGCCCCCCCAUUUUCAUGCUAACAGGUUUCCUGUUCCCCGGCUCCUCCUCUGCUUGGUUGCUGCAACAAUGAAUGCGCUCCCUCGUGCACUUUGCCCCCCCCUUCCCUUGAUCUCUCUUAACCCCUGUCUUCGGCCCCUCCAAACCUUGCUUUUCUUGCCCACCCCAACGCAUCUUGCCUGCCCGAACGCCCCGCCCGUUGGCCCCCCGGUUGCCCUGCCCCAUACUGUCCCCAAGUGUGUCAGCCCGUCUCGUGCGCGCCUCUUUCGUUCCCAAACUUCCAAGCCUCCGUUACCUGCGCAUCCCCACCCGUUCCUCUCUCUUUGCCCCUCCACUCUUUGCCUGCCCCCUCUUGGGCACCGCUCGCCUGCCACGCCGGUGCUCAAAGAUUUUGCUUCUUUUACAGCCAACGUUUUUCUGGCCAGCUGUCAACCAUUCCAAAAUGCCAGCCAAAAAGCUGAGUGUAAACAGUGCACCGG